UAGGAUUAGUGAGAGCGAGAUUUCAGAAUGGCGACCGUCUCUGCUUAGGAGAGCACGCAUUCCCGCCGAGAAAUCGAGUAAUUUUUGAGGUCUUUUGACAAUUUCUAUGUGGUUAGCGUCGCGCAUCUAACGAUAAUGAUUAUAGAAAAUCCUGAUCAGUUUAAGGUGUGGCUUACGGCUGUCCUGGAGCCACUAUGCGAUGCAGAUCCUGCUGCUCUAGCCAAAUAUGUCUAUGCUUUAGUCAAGAAAGACAAAACUCUGGAAGAGCUGCGUGGAGGCAUGGUUGAACAACUAGAUGUAUUCUUACAACAAGAAACCAAAAAUUUUGUUGAACUCCUUUUCAAAACAUUGGAGACACAGGAGUAUGUAUUACCCCCUCCAAAAGGAGCACCCGAGGGUGGUGGGACGCCGCCUGGUAUAAAUCCACCACCACCAGUAGAAAAAUCAGUUGAAAUAAUUAUUCCUCCACCCCCACCUGCUGGGAGCCCACCGCAGCCAACCCAAGUCAAUGGAGCUACACCUGCACUAGUGAUUAAAAGAGAAACAAGAAAAUCUGAUUCAGAAAAAGAUGUCUUGGACAAAGAGAAGCGCUCGCGAAGCAGAAGUGGGAGGAUGAGAUCAAGAACGAGAUCGCGGUCGCGAUCUUGGGAACGUGACCGUAGGAGAUCCAGAAGUCGGGAGCACAUUCGUCGGGACAGAGAACGUGAUAGGAGUCGUCCGUGGAGAAAUAAGUCACCACCACUGAGUACUAGGAGGCAGGAUAGGAGACGGAGCAGAAGCCGAAGUACAUCACCGUUACGUUCACGAGUUCGUGACGGACCUGAGCUUCGUGACCACAGGGCUCGUUUCCGAAAUAGAUCUCCAACGCCCCUACGAUCCAGAUCCAGAUCAAGAUCUAUGGAUCGUAAAAAGGUGGAUAGGUCGGAGAGAAAUGAACCUGGCCGUCUAGAACGACCCGACGGAAGUCCUGGGGGUGGAACCCCCACGCAGGACAGUAAUCACGGAGAUGUAGACAUGAGACUUUCUACUACCAGUCAAUCUAUCCAAAGUGUUGUAGCUGUUGCUGCAAAUCCACCGAAUAGUCAACCGGGUACUUUCCAACCCAAGAGACGUUGCAGAGAUUUUGAUGAGAAAGGAUAUUGUAUGCGAGGUGAUCUCUGUCCGUACGAUCAUGGUACGGACCCGGUAGUUCUGGAGGAUGUCGCUUUAAGUCGUGUGUUAACUUUUGGGCCGCAUGGACCACAGGCCCCGGGCACGGUACCUGUUUCCUCUAUUCCUGAACCCCCUACCGGACCAAAUGGCAAUGCUCCACCUCCACAUUUACCACUCGCAAGUCUACCGCCCCCACACCUUAGGAAUCAGCAUCAUUCUAACAUGGUUGCAUUUGCAGAGUAUAAUCCAGAUGCUCCUAGUAUGGAGCCCCGUAUGACAUGGGGCCGGCAUCCGCCUCCAGGUCCAGGAAUAUAUGGCCGUGGACAGCGUGAACUUAUCAGUGUACCUGUCAUACCCCAUACAAAUCCGAGUGAGAUGCCACACGCUCAAAAUAAUCCAUUGAAACGUAAACAGGCGUUUGAUUUUAAUCGCCUUGGACCGAAACAACGAGUAGUUCACAAUCCUGCUAACUGUUCUCUUGAAUUGAAGAAAGUUCCACGUAGCUUGAAUAACAUAACUCAGUUAAAUAAUCACUUCUCCCGUUUUGGUAAAAUUGUCAAUAUACAAGUUAAUUUUGGGGGUGACCCUGAGGCAGCCUUGGUCACCUUCCAAAUACCAUCCGAAGCUAAGGCUGCCUAUAGAAGCACCGAAGCUGUGUUGAAUAAUAGAUUUAUCAAAGUUUUCUGGCACGUCAAUCUCAACAAUAAUACAACCAGUGGAGCUAUAGAGAACGUACCUCCAGCAGGUAGUCGUCCAUCGGUUAAGGAAAGACUAGGCGCUGCCAUAAAUCCACCGGUAAAAACUGAAGAAAAUGAAUACGUUCCCACUCGUCGUUCUACGGAAGAGCCAGCGACACCUACCGCAGUACCUGUGUCGCCAAAAGCACCCCCUACGCCGUCUAGAGAAGAUAAAGUACUCGCGAUAAAAAAAUCUCAAGAGAUGUUGGCUGCUAAAGAAACAUUAAAAAAGAAACAGGAAGAGAAGCGGAAGGAGGCUAUAAAGUUGACCGCAGAUUUGCGCAAGAGGAAACAAGAGUUACUCGAUAAACAGCUCGUUGAAAUUCGCUCCUUGAUCGAUCGUGCCGAAAAGAAUCCAGACCAGAAGGACGCCAUAAUGGCGACGAUUAAAAUCAUGCAGCAAUCUAUCGACAGUUUACGAAAAGAUCUAGCCACCAAUGGCCAAGUAGGACCCAAUAAAUCUCAAGUCAAAACCAGGGAACAAACUCAAAAAGAAAUUCUAGACGCUGAAUUAGAUCUAAUGACUGCGCAACAGGAGGGUCAAGAUGCCGGUGAACUACAAAAGAGAUUAAAUGAAUUGCGAGCUCAGGCAGCUGCGUUAGGCUUGAGUGCUGGAGUCGGUGUUGGAAGGGGUACGAGACCUGCAAAAGUGACGCGAGGUAGUCACGUUUUGUCUUAUCGGGGGCGGGGUCGAGGAAGCUAUGCUCAUGUUUCCGUAGAUCAUAGACCCACUAGCCUUCUUAUUUCUGGUUACGAAACUGAAGAGAAAGAGGAGGUUUUAGCACAUUUCCAACAAUACGGUGAUAUAGUUAAUCAAAUGGUGGACGAUGCAACCCCAUCGAUUGUAAUCAAUUUCAAAUCAAGGAAAGAAGCGGAGGUCGCAUUGGUGAAAGGUCGUACGUUUCAAGACAGGUUAUUGUCCGUGACCUGGGUCACAGGGCACCACUUACAUCGUGGAGGUGGGGCCAACGCCAAUGUCAACGUACCCCAACCCGCUCGUUCCGAACAAGCACCGCCCACCGCUGACGAAGAAUUAGAACUAGAAGGUGCUGCGGAGGCUCUACUUUUAGAAGAGAAUGAGGAGGAGGAGGAAGAAGAUGGGGAGCCACGGAGUUGGAGGCGAUAGCAGCGUCAAUGUCCUCUGUGACGAGAUGUCCAUACCACCUAUAAAGUCACAGCGGAGCCAUAUGGCAAAUUCGGUGUACGUUAAGCACUAGUGCGAUCACUGCACUGAGAUUUGAUGUACUCGAUACCUUGAUUUUGGCUAAAAAGAAUCAGGCUGCAGACAUUAUUGAGUGUUAUACUAUUUGUUAUAUUAAAUAUACUGUGCGCACCAUUACAGUAUUUACUGUUACUGUAACACAGGCGCACCCAAAUAGACUACCACUAUGCAAGUUUUCAGAAAACAACUAACCAAAAUUAUCCCAUUAUUUGUAGAAUAAAAUCGCUAUGUUUUGUAUGGGAAA